UUCAUACAUAGGCUACUGCUAGACAUGCACACAGACUGCGUGCAAUUAUAAAGCACAUAAAAGCUAUUCUGAAGGGCAGAUUUGGGCAUCUUUGUCAAGCGUCGAAGUAUGUUCCUCCCCCCUGCUAGAGAGUAUAGCAAACUGCAGCUUCCCUCGUGUCAAGGUGUCACAUCAGUUGGUUGAUGUCGACCUAAGUAUUUCCGUUGUGAAAGGAAAUAUGUCCCAGUUGUGGGCCUCUUUAUCAGACACUUAAAUCCAUACACUGUAUGGAAGGGUUACAAAGGUUUAGAAACAUGCUUAAAUCUGUAUAAGCCAUGACUAGAUUAGAGCUAAGACCGAUUGUGAGCACUCCCAUUAAGUCACCCUGUCCCCUUAAAAAGCAAGGUUUGGGGCGUUUAUUCAUUUUGCACUAUUUUUUGUAUCUGUUUAGUUUACAUUUAUAUAUAAUAUUACUCGCCCGAAUGGUUGUUAAACAAGGGCAUUCUUGUUUGCUGUGUGAGGUAUCAUUGUUAUAUUAUUUUAUAUUAUUAUGUUAUUUACUUAUAUAACACUUUGCUUGUGCCUAGAGGCAACCAAAUCCUUCUAACUUUUUGUAUUAAGGUCCCUUCUGCAAAUUAUAAUAAACAUGUCAAAAGCAUGCAAUAACAUUGAACUAUAUUUCUCAUGUUUUGUCUGACGCCUAAUAAUAAUUUGGUCAAAAUCGUCUAUUUAUUUGGCAUAACCAUAAUUACAUUGCAAUUUUAUUAUAUCCAAUUUCCUCCGACUGACUACAUUAUUCAUUUUUGCUUGUCAGUAGAAACAGGAAUCAAACAGACAGUCACGUCAUAGUUUUUCCAAAAGGUUGUACGUUCUUAAUAAGGCCUAUAGAGGGCGACACAGGCUAAAUUACUUAGUGCCCAUUGAAUAAAACCCAUAGUUGUUAAUUGAUGGAACAGCAAUAGGACUACAUACAGGACUACAAUAUAAAUACAUGUAAAUAUAAAUUAUCUAAAGCUCCAUGGGUAGCUGUACAAGCCCAAGUAACCAAAUUGAUUAUCACUCAAUAAAGGUCUAUGACACCUCGGACCUUAAAGGGGACCUAUUAUGCUUUUUCGACUUUUAUGACCUAUAAACGUUGUUAUAAUGAUUGAUAGUCAUGUUUAACCAUACACAAAAAACGUUGUAGAUUUUCGGGAAACUCUUCCUCUCAUCUGGGCGCUUUCAUCCUUCUCUGUCAACGCUCGGUUUCGUCCUUCUCCGCCCCCUAGCCCCCCUCCUGCAAACCCAACUCCGUUGUGAUUGGUUACCUUCCUUGAAGCGUGUGCGCGGGCAGAUUUGACCAGGCAAAUGGGGGCGCGGCAGGAGUGCCUCUACGUAGAUGAUUCCCGGAAAUGUGAACAAGUGAAUCGCAAACGUUGUCCCGAGUGUUAAGCGCUCUGCACAGCCACCCUAGACUGUCAGCAGGGAAUACGUCGAAAUGCAUGUAGGCCUACGUCAUUAUUUGACACUUUAGUAUGGUUAAACAUGACUAUCAAUCAUUAUAACAACGUUUAUAGGUCAUAAAAGUCGAAAAAGCAUAAUAGGUCCCCUUUAAUCCUUACCUCCAUUUACAAGAAACGUUCACACGCCUUUUCAUGAAGGAUACUGUAUGACAAGGCUUUCUGAAAUAAAUAGAGAAAAGAACAGAAAACUGUGGUCUAAAUAAACAAAUGUAUGAAUGAUUGACCAUUUUUCUACAUUUUAGAUAUAUACGGAUCAGUUCAGACGCUCAUAACUACAACCAGACGAUGUGGUCAAGAGAUAACGUCACCGCAGAGAAGAAACGCAAUAUGCGACCUGCGUCAGACUGCUUUAACUCAUGGCGAUGAAUAUUGGAGUGAUAUCACAGCCACCUCGACGUCACUGGCGACUACCGUUCUAUCCCCCACCUCAGCCGUCCCUUCCUUCCAGGCAAACACCUGGAAAUGGAGUAACUGUGUGCUGCAGCUCCACCAACACCACCAGCACACUCCGACCCAAACAGCCUCCACCCGCACCGCCCUCUCAGAAUCAUGUCUCAGGACUCGGACCCCAAGCUGUACCACUUCCCCGGUCUGGAGGACCAGGACGGGGGGGCCCGUGGCUGCAGAAGGGCCUCCCUGUGUGGCCCCACGCCCCGAGGGCCCGCCCGGCGAGGCUCCAACGCCCAGCUCCGCCGCAUGGGGAGCUACGGCCAGGCGGGGCCCGACCUGGGGCGGGCCUCCGAGGGCAGCGACAGCAGCGGGUCCCUUCGGGGACCCCCGGCGGCCCCCUCCCCCCCGCGGGGACACCGCUCCCGCCAGCUGCCCGAGGAAGACGUGGAGAUGAAGAGCAGCGGGUCGAGCGGGAGCGGGACGGAGUCCCAUGGAGACGAGAGCCGUGGCAACCAGAGCCACGGCAACGGGUCGAUAGGCAGCUCCAACGGCCACAGCAAGGACUCUGCUCUGUUGACGUCUUCCGGGAGCAACAAGAGUUCUACCUCCCACAGCACGUCCAUUCCCAGCAGCUCCAACGCCUUCAGCCUGCUCAGCUCUGAGCAGGACAACCCCUCCACCAGUGGCUGCAGCAGUGAGGAGUCUGCCAAGGCCAAGACCCAGAAGGAGCUGCUGAAGACGCUGAAGGAGCUGAAGCUCCUGCUGCCGGCGGAGAAGAGGAGCAAGGGCAGCACCUCGUCCACCCUCAACACGCUCAAGUACGCCCUCCGCUGCGUGAAGCAGGUGGAAGCCAACGAGGAGUACUACCAGCUGCUGAGGACCAACGACGGCCAGCCCUCGGGUGUGGACGUGCCCUCCUACACCAUCGAGGAGAUCGACAGCAUCACAUCCGAGUACACUCUCAAGAACAACGACAUCUUUGCGGCGGCGGUGUCUCUGAACACGGGCCGCAUCGUCUACAUCUCGGACCAGGCGGCCUCCAUCCUCAACUGCAAGCGGGAGGUGUUCCAGAACGCCAAGUUUGUGGAGUUCCUGUCGCCGCAGGACGUCAGCGUGUUCCACAGCUUCACCACGCCCUACCGCCUGCCCUCCUGGAGCAUGUGCACUGGAGCAGAGUCCUCGCCUCCCGACUGCAUGCAGGAGAAGUCCUUCUUCUGCCGUAUCAGCGGGGGUAAGGAGCGUGCGGGGGACCUCCAGUACCUGCCCUUCCGCAUGACGCCCUACCUGAUGAAGGUCCAGGACAGCGGGCACCCGGAGGACCACCUCUGCUGCCUCCUGCUGGCCGAGCGCGUGCACUCCGGCUACGACGCUCCCAGAAUCCCCACAGACAAGCGCGUGUUCACCACCACACACACGCCGACCUGCGUGUUCCAGGACGUGGACGAGAGGGCAGUGCCUCUACUGGGGUACCUCCCCCAGGACCUCAUCGGCACCGCGGUCCUGCUGCACCUCCAUCCCAACGACCGGCAGGUCAUGCUGGGCAUCCACAGGAAAAUCCUGCAGUUUGGGGGCCAGCCCUUUGACCACUCUUCCAUCCGGUUCUGCGCCCAUAACGGGGAGUACAUCAUCCUGGACACCAGCUGGUCCAGCUUCGUCAACCCCUGGAGCCGCAAAGUGUCCUUCGUUAUCGGGAGGCACAAGGUCCGCAUUGGCCCUGUCAAUGAAGAUGUCUUCGUGGCUCCAGCCCCCAAGCCUGGAGAGACCAAGACCAUAGACCCGGACGUCCCGGAGAUCACAGAGCAGAUCCAUCGGCUCCUCUUGCAGCCGGUUCACAACACUGGCACUACGGGCUACAGUAGCGUGAGCAGCAACGACCUCCACGUCAGCAUGUCCUCCCCAGGAGAGAGUCUGGGCCACAAGGUCCAGACCGAGGCAGAGGGGGAGAGCAGCAUGACCAAACCGCGUACCUUCCAGGAGAUCUGCAAGGGGCUUCACCGCAGGAAGAGCCAGGAGCAGCAGCUCUGCCUGGCUACCUCCACCAAGCCAGACGCCAGGAGACCCACCCCCACCACCGCCACAGGCAGCAGCAUAGAUGGGCUCCAGAAGGCCGUGGCUGUGGUGCAGCCGAAGGACUCCACAGCCCCCCUCAGUUGGAGGAAUGCGGGUGCCGUGAUGGAGGUGAACCGGGCCUCCAUCCAGGAGCUGCCGGCCGUCAACGACCAGACUGUGUACUCCUACCAGCAGAUCAACUGUCUGGACAGCGUCAUCAGGUACUUGGACAGCUGCACCAGCCCCGUCACCAUGAAGAGGAAGUGUGAGUCCACCUCCCUCACCCUGUCCUCCAACUCAGAGGAGGACGAUCAGCAGAAGGACCACGUCUCCUGCCGGGCGUCUGGAGAAGCGGCCGUGUUAAAGGAUCAGCCUGUUCAUCGUCCCUUGGGCGAUGCAGACAAAAAACCCAGUGAAUCGACCCCAACCGUAGUGGGCGCCCCCCUCCCUUUACCUGUGCCCGAUAAACCCGAGAGUGUGGUGUCCCUGACCAGCCAGUGUAGCUACAGUAGCACCAUUGUACAUGUAGGGGACAAGAAGCCCCAGCCAGAGUCGGAGAUCAUAGAGGAGAUGACCGACGGGCCCCAGACCCCGGGGCCACACACCAGCGCCGUGGGCGCCCCUCUCCAGGAGAGGGAGUCUUCCUACAAGAAGCUGGGGCUGACCAGGCAGGUGCUGGCGGCGCACACGCAGAAGGAGGAGCAGGCCUUCCUCUGCCGCAUCCGGGAGCUCCGCGGGGUCACCUCCUUCAAGGCCGACUGCUCGCACUACCUGGAGCGCCAGCGGGGGCACGUCGUCAGUGAUGCUGCGCCCGCCGCCCGGACCUACCAGCAGCCCGGGGCCGAGCCGGGGGCCCGCCGCAACAAGAAGACCAAGUCCAAGCGCGUGAAGCAGAACGCGUCGUCGGACAGCACCGUGUCCCACCACCGCCGGCAGCCGCGACGCGCCCCCCUGCUGCUCCCCCAGGGCCUGAACCAGACGUCCUGGUCGGCCUCCGAGACCUCCUUCUCCAUGGCGUACCCGGCCGUGAUGCCCGGCGGCUACCCCGUGCAGGUCGGCCCCGGCAUGGCCGCCGGCGUGGACCCCUCGCUGGCGGGCUACGCCCAGGCCCCGUCCUACGCGCCCGCCCUCCGCCCCGCCCCGUACGAGGAGCCCGUGGUGGCGCCCGUCCUGGCGCUCAUCCUCCCCAACUACCUCUUCCCUCAGAUGGGCGCGGCGGGCCCGCCCCCUCACCCGCAGGCCUACUACCCGACGGGCCCCGCCGUCUACCCCCCGCCCCACCAGCCCCCCUUCCACCCCGGGGCCUUCGGGGAGCCGCGCCCCUACGGCGGGCCGCCCCCCUACGCGGUGCAGCCUCAGUACCCCCCGGGUCGCCCCUUCGCCCCGCGCGCUCCGGUGUACCAGCCCACCGCGUUCCCCUUCCCCCCGCCCGCCGUGCCGGACGCCUCCAGGGGCUCCUCCACGCCGAGGUCCCCCGGUUGGGGGGGCCAGGAGCCGCCCAGCUCGCCGCCGCCGCUGAUCCAGUCCAGCUGCAGCUCCCCCCUGCAGCUCAACCUGCUGCAGCUGGAGGAGUGGCACCGGCCGCUGGAGUGGCAGGACGGUGCGGCGCUGCCCCCCUGUGGCCUGGGGGGCAACGGCAGCGAGCGGGAGAAAGGAAGGGGGGCAGAGAGGAAGGAGGAGCUUCAGCAGGCGAGUUCCCCUGGCGACGGUAACAACAGCGACGCCACCUCCUCGUCCAGCGACAUGAUGGACAUCUUCCUCCAGGAGGACUCCUGCUCGGGCACCGGCUCGGCCACCUCGGGGUCCAUGGGCUCCGGCUCCAACGGCUGUGACACGUCCAACAGCGGAACGUCCAAGAGCCGGACCUCCAUGAGCAGGACGUCCCGGAGCCAGACGUCAGCCAGCGGGACCUCCGGCAGCGGCAUAGGGAGCAACGACAGCAGCCAAUACUUUGGCAGCGUGGACUCGUCUCAGACCAGCCAGAAAGCCAACGGCCAAUCAAAUGACGGCGAGACCAGGGCCAUCGAGGGGGUACAGAGUGAACACUUCAACAACGAUGUGCAGCGUGUGCUGAGGCAGGACCGGGACAAGCUCCGCCAGCUGCAGAAGAGCCAGCCCCACUUCAGUCAGGAGCAGCGGAGAGAGCUGAUGGAGGUCCACCCCUGGUUGAGAAGAGGCUGUCUGCCCAAGGCCAUAGACAUCAAGCUGUGCUCCUGCUGUAAGGACCCAGAGGAGGCCUCGACCCCCGCAGGACAGCCGUGCUCCGACGGCGUCAACACCCAGACCGAGAUAAGGGAGCUCAGCUGCGUGAGGAAGCCCAGUGAGGGGUCCCAGUGCUCCGCGGGGCCUUCCUGCUCCUGCCUCUCUCCCGGCCCCCCGGCUCCUCCCACUGCCAGCUAGCCCCUCCCCACAGACCCUGAGACUCCGCCUUUUGGCUUUUGCCUAUUUUUUAACCAAACCGCAUUCCGAUAACCCCGUUCCGAUUCCGAAGUUCGAAGGCUUACACAGCAGCACAUUGCAUCCUCAGACCAGGAAGUGCUUUAGAAGAAAUGUUUUUAUAUUUUCUUCACCAUGGACUGUCACUGUUGCGUCAGUGUUAUUUGAGCAUGUACACUGACACACUUUAUUUAUUUGACGUCUCUGAAUAUGUCAAUCUAUAUUUUUAUAUUUUUAUACAGAAACGACUUCCUGCCUCAAAAAUAGAUUUAUAUCUGCCAACAGAUAGCACAAGAGGGACCAGUGUAUGAUGUUUUUAUAGAGCUGUAUGCCUCAGCACUGCUGCUGGCCUUCACACUGGACUACAUACUAAAGAGCAUUUAGUCCAGAGUGGGAAUGGCCUCGGAUGAGAUGCAUACAAAAUGCCUUCAUAGAAAACAGCGUGAAUUAAAAGAAUAAUAAAUAAUGGAACGCAAUUAUAAGCUAAGUGGUUCCCUUUGAGGUCCAACCGUUGAGGCGGAAGCUAAUUUUACCCUCCAUGUCAAGUGUGUGGCCACUUUUGAAGUGGAACUUUUAGGGUUAUUGCAUGGCAUAAAGCAAUUUAACCAGUUAUCAAAGGUCUUUUUUUUCCUAGGCAUUGGCGACUGUGAAUCACAUGAGCCACAAUAUGCUGCUAUAUUGCAAAUUGUUCUGGUUUCUCUAUCUUUUUUUAUAUUUAAUAAAUUGCUGUUGUUGGAGAGGCACUUUAAAUAGCUUGUCUGUUUUUGUCGUUUCUUUCUACUGCAAAGAGCUAGGCCACAAAAGAUGUAUCAGUACGGCUGACUUAUUGGGAGCUCUCAUUAGUUCUCAUUAAAAAUGUAUCAGGAAACUCUUUACAUGGGCUACAA